CAGCUCAAAAGUUUUGUAAAUUGUGGACGAUGCAAGUCAUUGAAUGGUACUAGAGAAAGACAUGCUGUUCUGGUAGCUCCAGGUCUUAACACUCACAUCCAUUUCGAAGGAUGAAUAAAACUGAAGGAAGCCCGGGCAGGUGCGCGGCUGGGGGAGUCAGUCAUGUGACUUGCCUCUGGGGGGCCCCCCAAGGCAGUGGGCCCCCAGACAACUGUCUCCCCUUGCCCUAUUAUAGUUACGCCCCUGAGCAGGGGGCAACCAACAGUGAUGGCAGCAAUGAAGUGGGGGCCACAGAGGCCAGUGAUAGAGGACUGCAGUGAGUGAGUGUGGUGACUCCCCACUCCCAGAAGCCCAUGUGCAAAGUUCACAGGCACUCAAUUGUAGAUUCUCUCCUGGACAGGUUUAAUGUUGUGCUGUUUGGCCCUGUAAUACAGCAAACACACUAACAUCAUCUGUGGCAUCUUAAAGAGAAACAGAUUUAUUGCUUCCAUGGAUCACAUCUUUAGAAGGAGAGCUCAGGAGAGAACAAUGAAACAAAGAAGUCCUGGACACUUGUCAAGUUCCCCCAGAAAGCAAUGCCAUAGAUCUCAAGAAAAAAUGGAAGAACUCUCAGUGGAAGGAAUUGUGAUUUCCAGGAUAUCCAAAAAUGAACUGGAGUUUGUUCUUAUUUGAUGGAUUAAACUUGUUGGAAUGGAAGCUCAGCUUUUUGAUCCAGAAGAAGUGUUGCCUUACUCUGCACUUGCAAAAACUAAGUCACUUAAGACUUCAGAGGAGAUAAAGGAUGAAACAAAAGGAGAGAUCUAUUACAACUUGCCAGAAACUAGUUCAAGUUCAUCAUUUAUGUUUCUCUUGACACACCGUGAAACAUCCUUAGAACUUACCACAAGUAUUGACCAGCUUUCUCCUAAUGAAGAGCCUGAGGAAAACCAGCAAGUUAAAGAAUUCCUAUAUUCCUCACGUUACAAAGUAGGAAGAAAUCCAACCCAGCCUCCUUCCCAGAUUCUUUCUAGAUCAAGAUCAUAUGAGAAACCUCACAGAGCUUAUGAGACAAUGUUAUUAAAAUAUACAUUGAGUGCAAAUACUUGUUCAGAUUUAAAAUUUCCAUCACACAGGACUAGCUCUAAAUUUCAGUAUGGUGAGAUGACCAAUGUGGAAGCUGCUUCAUCCGAAGAUCAAGAGGAUGAGGAGGAGGAUGUUUUCACAGAGCUGUCAAUGAAUGGGACAGUUUUGAAGAAUCUGCAAAAAAUGUACAUUUCCCAAACAAAGCAAGAUAGAUGCGGCUACAUAAGUAAUGACAAUGUCUUCCCUGUCAUUGGUGGUUGUGAUCCCAAUGAAAAGAGACUGAACAAUCACAAAAUGCAUCUGCGGAUGCUACCUCAGAUGCCGCACAAAGAAAAAGCAGAAAUUGAAGCAAAGGAGGCAUGUGACUGGUUGCGAGCAGCUGGAUUUCCACAGUAUGCACAGCUCUAUGAAGAUGCCCAGUUUCCUAUUGACAUUGCUGCUGUAAAGAAAGAUCAUGAUUUUCUUGACAAGGAUCUUGUAGAAACUCUUUGUAGACGACUGAACACCCUGAAUAAGUGCGCCUCAAUGAAACUCGAUGUGAACUUCCAAAGGAAAAAGAGUGAAGACUCGGAUGAAGAAGACCUUUGUGCCAUCAGUAAUAAAUGGACUUUCCAAAGAACAAGCCGAAGAUGGUCUCGAGUGGACGACAUUGACACCUUAAUUCAUCAGACAGACAGACAUGGGCCCUCGGGGGACAUUAAAAUGAAAAUAACGACCAGUAGUGAAAGCGUUCUUACUGAUCUAAGUGAACCUGAAGUCUCAUCUAUUCACAGCGAGAGUAGCGGGGGAAGUGACCACAGGAGUCUGUCUGGAGUCAGCAGCCUUCUCAGGGACACCUUUGACUGUUCAGGACAAUACUGUCUAGAAAACACACUUUCUUAUGACUCUACUUCAGUUGGCAGUACCCCUUCGCAGCCUCCAGAGGACUCUCUUAACCUCGGGAAUGAAAAAACAACACGGAUCAAAGCUAAGAACUUUCUAAAGCGCAUGGAGACACUAAAAGUCAAAGGUGCGCAUGGAAAAUUGAAAGGCUCUGGAAGGACUAGUGGCUUAGUAAUAAGCAGACCCGUUCUUCAAUAUGAGCCCCAAACCCUGAAGGAUAUGCAAUGUAUGCAAAUAGGGAAUGGAGAUCUCCAAAGUACAGCAACACAAGACUCAGCCAAACAAGGCUUUUCCUUCUCAGCUCAAUCCAGCAGGGAAAGCAGCCAGUCAGAGAUUGGCAGUAGUGAAGUAAGUACUCCUUGCUUAAAGGAACGCAAGGACCAUGAAGCAAAUAAACGAGGUGGCAUGUAUCUAGAGGACUUGGAUGUUCUUGCAGGAGCAGCCCUGAGGCAAGUGAUAGAUCAAAAUCGUAGAAAUGAUUUUCAUUCCCAAGAGAACUUAGUUGUUCAUAUUCCCAAAGAUCACAAACCUGGAACAUUUCCCAAGGCACUUUCCAUUGAGAGCCUCUCUCCUACAGACAGUAGCAACAAUGUAAACUGGAGGACAGGAAGCAUUUCAUUAAGCAAUCAGAAGUGCUCAACACCUAAAGCAGCUAGCCCCCUAGUUUCCUGUCCAAAGGAGAGCCGAGUAAGCAUUUAUGACAACGUUCCAGGUUCUCACUUAUAUGCCAGCACUGGAGACCUUCUGGACUUGGAAAGAGAAAACCUUUUUCCUCAUCUGGAUGACAUUUUGCAGCAUGUCAAUGGGCUUCAAGAAUCAGUAGAUGACUGGUCAAAGAAUAUAUUGCCAGAAUUGAAAAGCAAUGAUUUAUCAAUUGGGGAAUGUGGGUCUUUAUCAUUCCCAACUAAAAUUGCAUUAGACUUUGAACAGAACUCUGUAUCUGAUGGUAGGACAACACCUAGCGAUAUGGACAGAGAUGGAACCUCUCUCAAUGAAUCAGAAGCUGCUGGUGUCAGGGACAGAAGAGACUCUGGGGUUGGAGCAUCUCUUACGAGGCCAAACAGGCGAUUACGUUGGCAUAGUUUCCAGAUCUCUCACCAACUGAGCCAUGCCAUAGGAUCACUGCAGAUCAGCAGUCAGUCAGCUGCUCAGUUAAAUCUGCUGCAAAAAUUUUCCCUGCUUCGUCUUACUGCUAUCAUGGAAAAAUACUCCAUGUCAAACAAGCAUGGCUGGACAUGGUCUGUGCCAAAGUUCAUGAAGAGGAUGAAAGUUCCAGACUACAAGGAUAAGAAUAUUUUUGGUGUGCCUUUAAUAGUCCAUGUGCAGAGAACAGGGCAACCCCUUCCACAGAGCAUACAACAAGCCUUACGCUAUUUACGCAACAAUUGUCUGGAUCAGGUGGGCCUUUUUCGGAAGUCAGGCGUAAAAUCUCGCAUACAAGCCCUACGUCACAUGAAUGAAAGCUCCCCUGAUAAUGUCAACUAUGAAGACCAGUCAGCAUAUGAUGUGGCCGAUAUGGUCAAACAGUUUUUCAGGGACCUGCCUGAACCGCUUCUCACUAGCAAGCUUGGAGAAACCUUUCUCCACAUCUACCAAUAUGUCCCAAAAGAACAACGGCUGCAGGCAGUUCAGGCUGCCAUCAUGUUGAUGUCAGAUGAAAACAGGGAGGUUCUGCAGACUCUCUUGUGUUUCCUGAAUGACGUUACUUCAGUGGAAGAGAAUCAAAUGACUCCCAUGAAUAUAGCUGUGUGUUUGGCCCCUUCUCUUUUUCACCUCAACAUCAUAAAGAAAGAAAGCUCGCCAAGAGUGAUACAGAAGAAAUACUCGACAGGGAAACCAGAUCAGAAAGAUCUCAGUGAAAACCUGGCAGCUACUCAGGGACUUGCACACAUGAUAACAGAAUGUGAUAAACUAUUUGAGAUUCCACAUGAGAUGGUAACCCAGUCUCGAAACUCGUAUGUGGAGGCUGAAGUGCAUUUUCCAACUCUGGAGGAGUUGGGCAAGCAAAUGGAUGAAGUAGGUGGGAAUUACCACACUUACCUGGAAAGUCUUAUGCAGAAUCUCUGCAAAGAAGCUAAAGAGAAAUUCAAAGGAUGGGUCAGUUUUUCCACCAUAGAAAAUACAGACCUCUCCUACAAAAAGGUUGGAGAUGGAAAUCCAUUAAGGCUGUGGAAGGCAUCAGCUGAAGUUGAGGCCCCUCCAUCGGUUGUAUUGAACCGAGUGCUAAGAGAACGCCACCUGUGGGAUGAGGAUUUCUUGCAAUGGAAAGUUAUUGAAACCUUGGAUAAGCAAACUGAGAUCUACCAAUAUGUUUUGAAUAGUAUGGCUCCCCAUCCUGCCAGAGACUUUUUAGUUCUGAGGACAUGGAAGACAGACUUGCCUAAAGGGAUGUGCAUGUUAGUGACAGUCUCUGUGGAACAUGAAGAAGCCCCUCUGAUGGGAGGCGUGCGAGCAGUUGUUAUGGACUCCCAGUAUUUAAUAGAGCCUUGUGGCUCUGGAAAAUCUCGCCUGACACAUAUCUGCAGGGUUGACCUCAAAGGUCAUUCGUUAGAAUGGUACAAUAAAGGCUUCGGACAUCGGUGUGCAAUUGAAGCUGCCAGUAUCAGAAAUUCCUUUCAACCCUUGAUUGCUGAGGGACCAGAAACAAAAAUCUGAGUGACGGAGGCCCUGUAUGUGUGGAGUUCUGCAUAUAUACUAGAACAAUUUGAUUUGAACCUACUUUCGUGCAAUAACCAAGGAAGGAUUACUUGGAAGGUUCUACCAUUAUCUGGAAAUGUCAUCCACUUACCCUUACAUCCCUCAUCUACUGAGUUUCUUCACUGAGAAACUUUUCCAAGAUUUCCAUCAGGCUUUAACAGUAGACUAUAGCCAUUGGUUGUAUAUUGCAUAAUUCUAAUAUUUAAAAGCUUCUGAGAAGCUUAUUUUAAAGUGUAAAUAGAAAGUGUAAAUUUUGUAUAUACUUUGCUAUGUAUAGUAUCACCUCUCCGUGUGUGUGUGUGUGUGUUUGUAUAUAUAAUACAUUUUGUAUAUAAGCUAGUGCUUUCUAGAAGAAAUUCCCUGCAUCUGUUCAGAACUAUUUUCCCUCUGUUUGGUCUCAGUAUCUCCAAGCUGCUAUAAACAGCAUUUGCUGCUGUUGUAAAAAUUAUGAUAUAAUUUGUGUGAUUAGCAACAAGUAGAGUCCUUGAGCUAUUUACCAUAUUUGCACAGAUUGGUCCAGUUCAGAUGUAACACCAAGCCAUGGUUUGCUGCUAUGAGAACCAGCUUCCAUAAGCUGUGAGCUUAUACAGUUUCCCCCACCCUCUCUUGCGAAUGUGGCUUGAUAUCCUGGUUUGUUAACUAACUACAGUUAGAGCAAUCCAUAGUUCCCCAAGUUUGUGGAUAAGAUGGAAAUGCAGUUUGUUCUAAAGUGAAAGUAGAAGCUUUGAAACUCCUUUACUUGCACACCAAAGGGUAGGAGAGUGGAAUGUGCAGCCCUAUGGCUCAUGGAAGCUGAUUCUCAGAGUUCUAAACCAUGGUUUAAGUGUUAGUCUGAAUCAGGUAAUUGUAAGGAGGUGCAUGGAAAUGGGUAUAGAGAAGGAAGGGUUGAGAGGAUAGAGAACUGUACAGUUAAAAGUAAUGAACAACAGAAUACUAGUACAGCCAGAUAAAGUGGUGUUAAGGGGCAUUACAAUUGGCAAAUCAUCAUUUACAAUGGACUGUAUAGCGUUAACAGCCACUGUGGCAGCCCACAAAACAUGCCUGUUGUCUUAAGUAAAUGAACAGAGAAGUUAAAUGAUCAACUGGAAGCUUGCUGUUUGCAAUAUUCAGAAUAUUUUUUAGACUUAACCCUAAAACUUGCCAUUCUAACAAACAAGUGAUUAGAAUGGGGCAAACCAAUCGCUGAGCCCUAUGUUCCAUAACAAAACAAAGCACCACACAGAUAUUGCUUACCCAAAACAAUAACCACUGCUUAGGACUGUAAGAUAAAGAUGGAUCUUCAAACCAGUAUCUCAAGGGAACUGACCUGGACAUCCAUAGGACUACUCUACAGCAAGCAUUAAAUAGUUUAAGACUUGUGGUCUGAGAUCUCAGUCCUUAGGUUUGCUGUUCUAGCACAUAAAAAUGUAGGUCCUGAGAGGAAAUUGUCUUUAGUUCUCACUGGCUGACAUCUAGACUAGUGUUGCACUAGUGUAACGGGAAGUUGUGCACACUUAAGCAUUUUUCGGGGCUGUAGAAAGUUGCGGCACUUCCCAACAUUGCACAACUGUGGGAUACGUACAAGCCAGCCUGUUGUACAGGGCAUUAUGCAACUUCUCACCAUCAUCUGCUAGCACAGGGAACAUCUAUUCUUCUUUUCCUCACAGCCUUACAUUUAGCAUCUUUACAGCAACAGCAUUUCAUUAGCGCAAUGCUUGUCUGGAUAUAGGCCACUGAAAUUAAUGGGAUGAGUUAAUCACAACCAGCAAGGACAUCUAGGUUCACGAUUCCCUGGUUCAGAAUACAACCCUCAUUAUAAUGCUCACCUCCAACCUGAGGUAAAUAUUAUGCCCUAAUAGUUUCUCUGGCUUAGAAUGUAAGCCAAAGAUGGAGAACUCCCUUCCUCUCCCACUGACACAGGGUUGGAAGCGUGCCCCACCUCCCAAAUCUCCUCACCUGGCUGCAGUGGAGGCAGGGAGGAGGUCUCUUCCACCCACUCACCGCCUGCAGUAUCCCAGGUGUUAGGAAACCUGGGAAAGGUUUCCCAGGUUUGUUUGGAGGUCUUUAACCAGGGCAGAAGGGAAAGACUUGCCCUGACUGCAGUAACAACUAGUAAGAAGGUUGGGGAGGGGAGUGGAAGGGGGAAGGUUUCCAAACCUGUUGCACUCCCAGUGCUGUCAUUAGGAAGACAAUGGACCUGGAAAUAAACAAACUGUUUUCCAACUUUUAAAGAAAAUAAAUAUUAGUGGAGCCAAAUUACAAGUCAAGUACAGGGGUAGGAGUUUGCCCAUCCUUUAUCAUAACUAACUUGUCCCAUUUAUUUUAUUGCACAACUUUGGCUCUCCUGUAGAUGUCAGGUUACAACUCCCAUCAUCCCUAACUAUUGGCCAUUUUGACUGGGAUGAUGGGAGGAGCAGUCCAACAACUGCUGGAGGACUGAAGUUGUGCAGCCCUGUUUUAGUGGGACUUAAGAGCAACUAGCUUCCUCUGGAUUGGGACUUUAGUAUGGGUUGUACCAUCAGUUAUGCCAACAGAAUGCCACUAAACAGGUUGUUAUACUAGCAUUGCAUGCCUAUACGUAGGCACAAAUAGGACUACUGGACUAAAGAAAACAUUAUACAGCAGUUGCAAGUCAAACUUUGUCCUUAGCAAUAUUAAGCAUCUUAGGAAUAAUAACAGCUUUAUAAUGGUUGCUACAGUCCUAAAGUGUUUCUUUUCAGACCCUGCCAAUAUAAACACAAACUAAUAUCUCCUUUGUACCAUGUGUCUAUCCAAAGAAUGUCCAUUCAGUAGGGUCUAAAUGUCUUAAUAAGCUAUUUAAACUUAACUUUUACAAAUAAGCUUUUGAUAAUGUGCUUUUUAAAUGGAGAAAGGUGUAAUAAAAAGUAAUCACUGGGAAGAGAUAGUAUAAUGUUCAGGAUUUUCAUAUUCUGCUCUGUCUUGGCCUUUGAUAAAGAGGUGCAUGAUAUGCAAUGCAGAUGCCAAAUCACAGCACAUCCCUUUAACAUGGAGGGAUUACACAUCCCCUUUAUUACAGAGGAGAGCAGGUCCGUACCUGCUGCUCACAGCCACUUCCUUAAUCACAGCGCUGCGCCACCAGCUAUCAUCGUGUGCCGGCAGCUGUCUCCCCCAGCUGCCCCUGUGCAGCGUCACGCACGCAGUGAUAGAUACCAGGGGAGUGAUUAAGGAAGUGGCGGAAAGCGGCUGAGAAGGAGCAGGUUUGGACCUGCUCUCCUCCAUGUUAAAGGGUAUAUGUAACCCCUCUGUGUCAAAGGAAUAAAGUGCAAUUCAGUUUCUGAAUUGCGUUUCGGCAUCUGAAUCGUGUUUCAUGAACAUCCCUAGCUUUCAACCCUUGACCUGGAAAUUGUUUCAGUAAGAUUGAACUUCCACGUAACUGUGUUAAGACAGCAGCUUUCUUCAAGAUAUUUUGUUUCUCAUUAAUGAGAACAGAAUCAGCUACUGGUCUAAAGGCCAACAGCAUUAAGAUCUAUUCUACUAUACAUAUUCAGGGAUUACUUACUUUCCUAAAGGGAAGAAUGCUUUAAAACCAGAAAUGAUUUUUGAAGUAAUUUAUGGAGACAGGGUUUAAAAAAUAAUAAUAAUAAUAAUAAUAAUAAUAAUAAUUAAUAAAGAGUUAGCAUAGAACAAAAAUGCAACUUUAUUCCUAAUUUAGUUUGAAAUGUACAUUGGUUUCCAUACAGAUUAAAUUCAGUCACUCUGACUUUC